UCUCCUCCCUCUCCGUCCUCUUCAUCACUCUCUCCUUCCCUCGACCGCCCCUCCUCUGGCUGCUAUAAAACACCAGCACCUCCGUCCCCCUCCGUCCUCUCUGCACCAUGGCUCCAAAGAAAGUGGAACCCAAGAAGACGGAGGUGAAGAAGCCGGAGGCGAAGAAGGAGGAGGAACCAGCUCCAGCUAAACCUGCGGAGCCUGAGCCCAAACCUCCGGAGGUGGACCUGAAGAGCAUCGUGGUGGAGUUCAGCGCGGACCAGAUCGAGGAGUUCAAAGACGCCUUCACGCUGUUUGACGAGACACCCACAGGGGAGAUGAAGAUCUACUUCGCUCAGUGUGGAGACGUCAUGCGAGCGCUCGGACACAACCCCACCAACGACGAGGUGCUGAAGCUGCUGGGGAGGCCCAAGGCGGAGGACAUGCACUCCAAGCUGCUGGACUUCGACACCUUCCUGCCCAUGCUGCAGCACGUGGCGCGCACCAAAGAGCAGGGCACCUUCGAGGACUUCGUGGAGGGUCUGAGGGUGUUCGACAAGGAGGGUAACGGCACGGUGAUGGGCGCCGAGCUCCGUCACGUGCUCUCCACGCUGGGAGAGAAGAUGACGGAGAGCGAGGUGGACCGGCUCAUGGUAGGACAGGAGGACGCCAACGGACACAUCAACUACACCGAGUUUGUCAAACACGUCCUGGCUGGGUGAAAAAACUGACUGUGGAUCUUCUCCUGAUGGACUCAGGUCCUUCAGAUAUGACUGAUGUAUUAUUCAUAAAUACUGUCACUGUUUGUUUCCACUCUGAGACAAAUAUUAAACAUCUCCAGUCCA